AUGCCAGUAAAACUUGACGAUAAACCUGUACUAUCUUCAAGAAUGUACAGAAGUUAUUCGCCGUCAGAAAUAUUACCUAUACAUCCUUCUAAUUUCAUGAGCAUUAAUGGACAUAAUGUUUGCGGUAAGAGACAAUUCUUUGAAAUGCUAGCAGGCCGGAAAAUAUUUCAUGUUCCCACAGAUAUAGACCAACUUUAUCAAAAAACUGAAUACGAAUUACCAUCUCUGUGGUCUAACGAUCAAGGUCCCCACAUUUCCGUGUACGACUCUACUGGAGAAAAUUUUGUCAGUUUCACUCAGUCAACUACAGAUACCGGAGGACAAUCAGCAUCGAGAUACACAGUAAUACUUCCAGAAUUAUACGCAAACGGAUUUGGAGGCAGAAACUCGUAA